AUGCUCUCCACGCCAGUAAAUCUCCCAAAGUGGCUUGAGGAGAACGCCCAUCUCCUAAAACCACCCGUCAAUAAUUACUGUGUCUACAACGAAGAUUUCACAGUCAUGAUUGUUGGUGGUCCCAACGCCCGGACCGACUACCAUAUCAAUCAGACCCCAGAAUGGUUCUACCAGUACAAGGGAGCCAUGAUGUUGAAGGUCGUUGACGAUGGCAAAUUCAGAGAUAUUAUAAUUCAUGAGGGAGAUAUGUUUCUCUUGCCGGGUAAUACACCUCAUAACCCGGUGCGCUUUGCCGAUACCAUUGGCGUGGUACUUGAGCAGAAGAGACCCCAGGAUACCAUUGACCGUAUGCGUUGGUACUGUCAGGAAUGCAGUGAGAUCGUCCAUGAGGCUGCUUUCCACUGCACAGACCUUGGAACUCAGAUCAAGGCUGCUAUUGAAAAGUUCAUGUCGAGCGAGGAGACUCGGAAAUGUGGAAAAUGCGGCGAGAUAGCCAAUUCUGUGCCCAAGCCUGGAACCAUCGUCGACCCUAACUUAGGGUAA